AUGUGGAUUUUAGUAAACAAAUUUUAUGCAUUUAGAUAUGCACGCACAAAUAUAUCUUAUAUAAAAAUAUUAAAGAAAAAUUAUAUAAAAGAUCAUCCUUAUAAAAAUAUUCAUCCUUGGAAAUCAUUACUAGAAUUUUCAAAUGAUCUUCUAAAUAAUUUAAUUUAUAAUAAAGAUGGACUAAUAGUAUUAAAUAAACCAUAUGGAAUUAAACGUAGUAAUUUAAAUUCAUUUAAAAACUCAAAAAAUAAUGUACCUAAUGGUGUUAAUUAUACAUUAGAUGAUGCUUUACCUUAUAUUGCUAAAGAAUUAAAUUAUCCAAAUUUAAGCAUAAUCAGAAGUCCUGAAAUGUACAUGAGUGGUAUUACACUUUUAGCAGCAAAUCCAAAUGUUCAACAUGCUAUAAAACUUGCAUUUAUUCGUGGUGAAUAUUUCAUAAAUACUUAUUGGAUAGUUACACUUGGUAUACCAAAACAAUCAAAUAAUUAUUCCCGUGUAGGAAUAAAAUUAAUUUCAAAUCCUCGCUUUGAAAAUAAAAAACAAAUUCUUACCACAUCAUGGUCUAAAAAUGAAGAAAAAUCAAAGAAGAUAAAAAUAUUAAAAACAGAACACAAAAUAUUAUCCAAUUCCAUACUUGAUUUAUGUUCCUUAAUUCAACUAAAAUCAUCUACCCAUUAUAAACAUGCAAUUAGACUAUUUGCAUCAACAUUUUUAUAUUGUCCAGUUUUAGGAGAUAAUAUUUAUGCAUCUCAGAUUCAAAAAGUUGGAAAUACUUAUGUAAGAAUCGAUCCAUUUCUUACUUGUCCUAUGCUAAAAUUGGAUGAUAAGCUUCUUAAAUUAUUAUGUAUUAAACCUAAUAAUCAGAAUAUUAUUCCUACUCAUAUUCAUCUAAAAUCAAUAGUUUUACCAAAGUUUUUUGGAAAAACAUUAGAAAUUGAAGCUCCUUUAAUGCCAUAUUUUGAAUGGACAUGUAAACAACUUGAAUUUAAACAUAUAAUACAAAAACAGGAUUAUAAAUCACAUUUAGCUUUAUAAAUAUAUAAAUAAUGAUUUGAAUAUAAUUUAUUUCUUUAAAUAAAAUAAUACU